GCAGGUGGGGAAUAAACUACUUAGUCACAAUUAACUCCAACACAUUUCUUCCCUUUAUCUUUUUUCUUUCUAUCUGAAGUUUAGGAAUAGAACUCUGGUUAGUCUUAUCACUAGAACCUGCCACCAUGUCUAUCACGAAGGAGGAAGCUAUCUACCAUAUCCAACAGAGGAUCCCUGGAAAAGGUCAGUUUUUCAUCACACAGCCUUCGAAGUCGACCGAGACUCAAUUCGGUAAAUAUGUGAAGGACCUGAUCAAGUUGAUUGAAUCAACUGAUCCAUACGCCCAAAUUAUUGAAUAUGCUACUUCCCACAAAGAAGAAAUUGUUUCUCUUUCCACCAAUGGACAAACUGUUUUCAAGAACUUACCUUUCCUUUCUGGCUCUAACUUCAAGCUGUCUACGAUAGUGUCCCACGUUGAGUUGUCCAACUUUGAUUAUUCCAUUGUCACAUCUUUGAGAGAUUUGGAAAUCACUGUAUUGGUUUCUCAAACCACUGAAGAAGUGCAAGUUAACGCCGCCUUGGCUUACAAUGUUGCACAAUCACUUGGAGUUCCAGUGUUCCACUUUUAUGCUAGCUCUGACUAUGAUGUUGCAACUACCUACUUUAAAGAUGCUAAGAUUGACCAAUUAUUGACUACAAAGGAAGUUAAUUCUAUCGAAGAACUUGUAUCUCUUCAUGAAGUGGAACCAUUUCAAGUUAUUAACCCAAAGACGAAAAAGUCAGCCAAGGAUGCUAUAUUGUACUUGGGUCAAGUGACUCCUGAAUUGGUGGAUGCUGUCUCCGCGGAAAACACUUUAUUAAUUACUGUUAACGUGUACAGACCAUUUGAAUUGCCAAAGUUGUUAACUGCCAUUCCUGCUUCUGUGUCAUCGUUGACUGUUGUUACUCAAUCUACUACUCCAGUGACUUCUUCCUUUUCUCCUUUACUCUUGGAUUUCUUUCAAAACUACUCCAAUUAUCAAUCUUUGAAGAACUUCAGUAAGGUUGUUUCCGCCACUUUCGGUUACAUCAAGAAGGAAAAUUGGUCCACUACAGUACAGAACUUGUUGGCAAACACCCAUUCUACUAGUCCCAUCCAAAACUUGUCCAUUGGUAAGGUGAAUACUGAAUUAGCCACUAAGAUUUCUAAGCAACAACACCAAGACGGUGAAGAUGCAAUUGCCAAAGCCUUCACUUUGGAACAAGUUUAUUUAAAGUUGUUGGAACAAAUCAACAGCAAUACUUCUAGCUUGAACAUUUUGAAUGAAUUUAAUGCUGAGACUAUUGGCGACCAAAAGACUCCUGAAUAUGGAUUUGGUGCAUUUUUACGUGACCAAGAACAACGUCAAAAGUUACAAGAUUUGGUUCGUGAAUCAGUUCAAGAGAACUUGUUUAAGACCCCUAAGGCCAACGACUUGAUUGAAUCGUUAUCCAAGUGGUUGAUUCUUUCUGAGGAUGGUACUCUUCUGAAGGAUGUCGAACAAAGCGAAGUCUUAUCGAAUGAUAUCAUUUCUAUUUUACAAGAAGAAACUUCUUCCAGAGGUAAGCAAUUGCUCGAACUCUCUAACUAUUUCAAAUUUACCAAGAAUUGGUUGGUUGGUUCCGACAGUUGGGCUUAUGAUUUGGGUAGUUCUGGUGUUCACCACGUUCUUUCUUCCGGCGCCAACGUCAACAUGUUGAUCAUUGAUUCUGAGCCAUACGAAGAAAAAAGUACUGGACUGAGCUUAUUGAAUGGAUUCCGCAAGAAGGAUGUCGGUUUAUACGCCAUGAAUUAUGGUGGAUGUUAUGUAGCCUCUGUUGCCAUUUACUCUUCAUACACUCAAGUUUUGCAAGCAUUGAUUGAAGCUGAAAAGUUUAACGGUCCUUCUAUUGUGUUGGCUUACUUGCCAUAUCACAGUGAAUCUGAUGACACUUUGAGUGUUUUGAAGGAAACUAAGAAGGCCGUUGAUACUGGUUACUGGCCAUUAUACAGAUACAACUCCGCUGAAGAACAGGAAGAUCUUGUUUUUAAGUUGGAUUCUUCCAACUUGAGAAACCAAUUGAAAGACUUUUUAGAUCGUCAAAACAAAUUGACCUUAUUGAGUCAGAAGGAUCCUCUUUUGUCAAGAAAUUUAUUGAGCGAUGCUAACAGUGCUAUUAAGGCUAAGCAAACUCAAGUUGCCGACGAAGCAUUCUCUAAGUUGUUGCUGGGAUUAUCUGGACCUCCAUUAACUGUUGCCUUUGCCUCUGAUGGUGGUAAUGCUGAAGGUGUAGCGAAGAAGAUUAACAGACAAGCUCUUGGUAGAGGUCUUAAAUCAAUUGUUUUGGCUAUGGAUGAUCUCUCCAUUGAAGAUCUUCCUUCUGAAACCAAUGUUGUGUUUGUCUCCUCAACUUCUGGUCAAGGUGAAUUCCCUACCAAUGGUAAGCAACUCUGGGAUGCUUUGAAGAAUACUCCUGACUUGGAUCUUUCUGGUAUUAAGUUCUCUGUCUUUGGUCUUGGUGACUCUGAAUACUGGCCAAGAAAGGAAGACAAGCACUACUACAACAAGCCAGCCAAGGAUUUAUUCGCCAAGUUGAAGUUCUACGGAGGUGUUGACUUUGUUGACAUUGGGUUGGGUGAUGAUCAAGAUGCCGACGGAUUUAAUACUGGAUUGAACGAAUGGAUCGAAAAAUUGUGGAAGGCAUUAGGUGUCGACAAUGUUGAAGGGGUCGAAGAACCAAAGCCAAUCACCAAUGAAGACAUGAAGAUCAACUCCGACUACUUGAGAGGUACUAUUGUCGAAGGUUUAAACGAUCAAUCCACUGGAGCUAUUUCUGCUGUCGACCAACAGUUGACUAAGUUCCAUGGUAUCUAUAUGCAAGAUGACCGUGAUAUUAGAGAUGAACGUAAGGCUCAAGGUAUGGAACCUGCUUACGCAUUCAUGGUCCGUGCUAGAUUGCCGGGUGGUAUUGCUACCCCACAACAGUAUUUGAAGAUUGACCAAAUGUCUGAUGAAAGAGGUAACGGUACUUUGAAGUUGACUACUAGAGCUACUUUCCAACUUCAUGGUGUUGUCAAGCAUGACUUGAAGCCAGCUAUUAGAGGUAUGAACUCUGUGUUAAUGGACACUUUAGCUGCUUGUGGUGAUGUCAACAGAAAUGUUAUGGUUUCUGCUUUGCCUGGUAAUGCUAAGGUUCAUAAGCAAGUGUCUGAUACUGGUGCCUUAAUUUCUGAAUUUUUGUUGCCUCAAACAACUGCUUAUCAUGAAAUUUGGCUUGAAGGUAAGGAUGAUGGUGAUGAACCUGGUUACACUGAAGCUUAUGCCAACCGUAAGGAUGGACCAAAGAAGAAGAAGACCUUGGUUGCUGGUAAUGCCUUGGUUGAUGUUGAACCUCAAUACGGUUCUACCUAUUUACCUAGAAAGUUCAAGAUUGUUAUCACUGUUCCUCCAUACAAUGACGUUGAUGUAUAUGCACAUGACAUUGGUCUUAUUGCCAUUGUUAAUGAGAACGAUGAAGUAACUGGUUACAACUUGGUCGCUGGUGGUGGUAUGGGAUCUACUCAUAACAACAAGAAGACAUAUCCUCGUACUGGUUCUAUGUUUGGAUAUGUUUCCAAGGAUAAGGUUCACAUUGCGUGUGAAAAGAUCAUGUUAGUUCAAAGAGACUUUGGUGACAGAACUAACAGAAAGCAUGCUAGACUUAAGUACACCAUUGAUGACUUGGGAGUUGAUGUAUUCAAGGCUAAGGUUGAAGAACGCUUGGGCUUCAAGUUUGAAGAACCAAAGGAAUUUGAGAUCAAGUCCAAUGUUGAUUACUUUGGCUGGUGCAAGGAUGAAAAUGGAUUGAACCAUUUCACUAUUUUUAUUGAAAAUGGUCGUAUCGAAAACACUACGGAAUUGCCUCAAAAGACUGGGUUGAAGAAGAUUGCCGAAUACUUGACCGACAAGGAAUCUGGUGAAUUUAGAUUGACUGGUAACCAACAUUUACUUAUUUCUAAAGUUCAAGAUGCUGACUUGGAGCUGGUAAAGCAACUUUUGGCACAAUACAAGUUGGACAAUACAGACUUUUCUGGAUUGAGAUUGUCUUCUGCUGCUUGUGUUGCCUUCCCAACUUGUGGUUUGGCAAUGGCUGAAUCCGAACGUUAUCUUCCUGAAUUGAUCACCAAGUUGGAAUCAUCUUUGGAAGAAUAUGGGUUGAGACAUGAUUCCGUCGUGAUGAGAAUGACUGGUUGUCCUAACGGUUGUGCUAGACCAUGGGUGGCUGAAGUUGCCUUGGUUGGUAAGGCUCUUGGAGCAUACAACUUGAUGCUUGGUGGUGGUCACCACGGUGAAAGAUUGAACAAGAUUUACAGAUACUCCAUCAAGGAAGAUGAAAUCUUGAGCAUCUUGAAACCUUUGUUCAAGAGCUGGAGUUUGGAGAGAAAUGAAGGUGAACCAUUUGGUGAUUUCGUCAUUAGAACUGGAAUCAUUAAGCCAACUUUGGAAGGUAAAUACUUCCAUGACGACAUCCCAAUUGAAGCUUGA